UUAGUAUAAAUUAACCAAAAUGAGAAAGGCCAAGAGCAAAAUUAGGAGGGUCCGGAACAAAGAAAGUCAAAAUACACCUAGUUUGAGGAAGAGCAGCCGCCAGACAGCAGGUUUUCACUCUCCAAUAGCAUCAGAAAGAAUAUACUUACCUGAAGAACUUCUUAAAUAAAGACCCCAAGAUUAUGAAUAGGGCAGAAAGAAUCAAAUACGAGCUUUAUAAAGCUAAGAUGGAGCACCGGGGUCAUUUAGAGAAGAUCAGGAUCUUCCUCGGGAUUGAAUGAAGUCUUGAGAACCUUCUUCAUCCUCCUCCUGAUUCUUAUGAGCAGUACAUCAUCAAUCUUCAUACUGAGGCUCCUCAACGUAUAAAGACGUAUAAAUAAAAUGAACCUUGAUUUAGAAAGCAAUGUUGAGAUCCUUAAGGAAAGUAUUGAGGAAGAGACCAACAGAAAGGACAUAAUAAUCUCCAAAUAUGAACGAGCAUUCAAUAAUGCUCAGGCUAAAGUCAAGAGCCUUGAACUAGAACUCCAAAAUAUCAUCAAAAUGGGUAAGCAUGAGAUUGACACAAACCAGAAAGAAAUGGAUCAAUUGAUCAGGACUAAUACUGAAGAAGGGAGAACCUCUAUUAAGGACGGAAUCAAAAGAAUUUUUAAGCUAAAAUCUAACGCUCUCGCUGAUCAGAAGAAGAUGAGAAUCAUGGAUGAGCUCAAAAGUCUCAAACAAAAGAGAACUGGUGAGGAAUUUUACGAAAAACAACAAAUGUCGCUAGAACAACAUGAAAAUAACAUUGAGGAGCUUCAGAAGGAAUACCAAAAUAAAUUAGAUAGCAAGCAAGCUGAAAUGAAUGAAUAUCUUAAAUAAGAUCAACCAAGAUCUAGCUGACCGUAAAGAAACCCAGGAGAAGUUCAAUGAUGAGAUUCUUGCUCUCCAGAAUGUCUAUGAGCAGCACCAAAAGGAUUUAAAGAAUGAACCCAAUAUAAAAAGUUUAUCUCCCUCUAGGAUGCUAUCAUUUAUGGAAAGCAGGCCUAAAGGAGAUAGGAAGAAGAACUUCAGCUUGCUGCAUAAAAUAAUGGAGAAAAAGCGACAUAAGGAUUUAUUUGGUCAAAAUCUGCAAGCUAAGUACAACGGUUAUAAAAAGCUUAAAGCUAUAUUUGGUCGUAGUUCUAGUGUGAAGAGGUCCACUCAUAACUUGGCAUCUAAAAUGGCGUACAAUAAUCACCUGAUAUCUGUGAAUAACUCUUCUAAAUUUGAUGGAUUGAUGACGCAGAGAGAACUCAGCAAGAGUAGAUUUAAUUAAAUUUCAAUUA